CUUUUAAACCCACUCAGGCUAUAUGUAAGCACAAAGGCUGUGUAACGUUACACGGCCUCGUCUUUUUUAACAAUGUACCCCUCCUGGGGAAAUUUUGGUGGACCCCAGUCGCAAAACCAUGGAGGGUCUGGGCCCCGCAAGCCGCCCGGUGGCGGCCACGCCGGCCCGGCCGCGGGGUUCGGCGGCUUCGAGGCCCCAUCCAGCGGCUCGUUGUUCUCCAGCCUGCAGGAGCAACACCUCCAGCAGAUGCAGCAGCUGCAGAUGCUGCAUCAGAAGCAGCUCCAGUCUGUGUUACACCACGGCAACGCUGCUAAUGCGUACGGUGGACACUCAGGUGGGCAUCCAGGGACUUCGUGGUACCCAGAAGGAGCAGGACAUUCAGAUAACAUUGUUGGAGCUCAAUCGUACUUUAAACAAGACGAGACUCCCGGUCAGUCGACGAGAGGUCCCCCUGCUCCUCAGCAGGUUCAUACACAGCCUCCUCCUCCUCCUCCACCGCAACCCAAGGAGUCCCAACCGGUUCCUCCACCUCCGGAGCCCCCGUCAGUGAAGCCACCGGAGAACAGCGGUGCUCCCGAAGAGGCCAACAAGAAACAUCCAUCCACGACAGAACCUCUGCAGGAGCAACAGCAACUUUGGUACAAACAGCAUCUUCAGAAUCUACAGAAGUUAAAGCAAGAGAGAGCCAAACAAAAUCAGAAAGAGGGUGAUGGUCCUGUGCCGCCAUCAACCCCGGGCCGAGCAGUUCCCCCUCCUCCUCCAUCAGAACCACCAACAGGCAUACCUCCUCCACCUAUUCCAAAAGAUGAGCCCCCAGUACCACCUCCACCUCCUGAGGAGCCCAAUGUCCCACAAGAUCCAGAGGAGGCUGCUCGCCUCCAACAGUUACAGGCUGCAGCAGCACAGUGGCAACAGGUGCAGCAGCAAAAAGCAGGCUUACAAUACCAGACUCUCAUGCAACAGCACGAAAAGCUGCAGCAGGUCCUGGAACAAUACCAACAGCUGAUUCAGCAACCUGCAAACCUACAGUCAAUGUCUGCUGAAAUGCAGCUGAGGCACUAUGAAAUGCAACAGCAGAAGUUCGCCCCUUUAUUCCAAGACUGGGGUCACUCCUUUGUCCUGUGGCAAGAACAGUUCCAGACCUAUCACCACAAAGACCAACUGAGGGACUAUGAGCACCAAUGGAAGCAAUGGCAGGAGCAGAUGAAUGCUACCAAUGCCCACCUUCAAGAAAGGGUGGCCACUCUCACUGCCAUGGUACCAUUUGCUUCAAGCCAGUACAACAGUGGGAUGAUAGGACAGUAUGGCCAGUACCCGGGACAAGACAUGCAAAUGCAGCAGCAGUCAGUUAAACCAGGUAUGCAGCAUUCUCCUGUGGCUGCUGGUCCCAGAUCUCAAGGUCCUCGGCCCACUGGCUUUGGGCCUAAUUCAGAACCUGCUGGACCCCCUGUGAGAGGAGGUGGUCCUGCUGGCAUAGUCAGACCCCCAGGCCCCCCCACCAUUCAGCCACCAAGCUUCAACAGCAUUAGAGGUCCACGUGGAAACAACCCCAGAUUUGACCAGGCACAGCAAUGUUUUGAUGGUCCUCCAAGAUUUGACCAGCCACAGCAGCGCUUUGAUGCCCCCCGGAGGUUCAACCAACCACAGCAACGCUUUGAUGGUCCAACAAGGUUCAACCAACCACAGCAGCGCUUCGAUGCCCCCCCUCGAUUUGACCAACCAAGGCAGCGCUUUGAUGGCCCCCCCAGAUUUGACCAACCUCAGCAACGCUUUGAUGGUCCCCCCAGAUUUGACCAACCUCAGUUUGGGCAGCAGCCUAGGUUUGAACAACCCCCAAGGCACCCUGGCCCACUGCCUCAUUUUGAACGCCUACCUGUGCCUCAGCAAAUACAACAGCAAGAUCCCCAACCUAAGGCAGAACCAGCUACAAAACAACCUGCCGGUAUUGAUUCUAAGACUCCUAUAAAAUCAGCUGGGCAACCCCAGUCUGAAAAAGAAAAAAGUGAAUCAGAACCAGAUAAGAAGAUCAAUGCUGAAGACAUGACAGAUGACGACAUGCAAGGAACUGAGGGUUUUUUUGUUCAAAAUGAUCCCAUUCCUCAGACAUUAGAAAAAAAAACAAAGCCUGAGGAAGCUGAUGACAAAAAUGCAUCUAACAACAGCGAAAAAUCCAAACCUGUUAACAGCAAGCCUGCCGUAACUGCUCCUUCUAUUGUAGUAUCAAACAAUACCGCUGCUCAAAAUUCCCUCAAACCAGAUGAACCCGUGACAGACAACAAAACUCCAGUGGUUCCAAAGCCCUCUGGAAUCCAAUUAGAGCAACAGGCGUCUGGCCAAAUGCAGCCACGGCCAGAUCCUCCAAGGCCUCCUCCUGGUAGGGGACGGGGACGGGGACGGGGACAGCCCCCAGUACCUGUCUCAGUGCAUGGACGAGGACGUGGGCAGAGGGGCCAUGGAGAGUUCGGGGGACCAAACACUGGACCGCUUGGGGAGAAGAUGGGAGAAAUGUCAUAUGACUACAUAACACCUGAAGCUGACUUUGGGAUGCCAGAGGAGCAAGACGAGUAUCAGGAAGAGUAUCACUGGCAAGAUUCUUCAUACGAGGAGUAUGGUGGGGAGUCAGAGAUACCCCCUGAGGAAAUGUGGAUGCCAGAGGAAGAUCACUUCCCAACAGAGGAAGAGUAUUAUGAAGAGCCACUCAGGGGACCCCCUGUGGGGAGAGGAGGGCCCCCAAUGAUGAGAGGAGGACCCCCCAUGGGCAGAGGAGGCCCACCAAUGGGCAGAGGAGGCCCACCAAUGGGCAGAGGAGGCCCACCAAUGGGCAGAGGGGGCCCACCAAUGGGCAGAGGUGGUCCACCUAUGGUUAGAGGGGGGCCACCUAUGGGUAGAGGUGGUCCACCUAUGGGUAGAGGUGGUCCACCUAUGGGUAGAGGAGGGCCACCUAUGGGAAGAGGAGGGCCACCUAUGGGAAGAGGAGGGCCACCCCCCAUGGGUAGAGGAGGGCCACCCCCCAUGGGUAGAGGAGGACCACCCCCCAUGGGAAGAGGAGGACCACCAAUGGGAAGAGGAGGGCCACCGAUGGAAAGAGGAGAGCCAAUGGACAGACACUGGGAAGAACCUGAGUCAGCGGAGUACUCAGAGGAAGGUGAACCUUACUGGGGAGAAAGGAGACCUCCCAUGAGAGGCAUGAGACCCCCGUUUCCACCUGGCCGGGGUCAUCCCCCACGUGGCCAUCCUGGUUUCAUGCACCAAGGACGAGGACGUCCCCCUCACCCAGCACAUGGGCCAGUGGGUCAUGAGCCGUUUGGUCAUGGAAUUGACACUGAUGAUACCGGAAUGGAUUCAAGGCCCCCCAUGUACCAUGGACAUGACCCUCAUAGCCAUCCAAUGCAUCCUGAUUUAGGACAAAGCAGACUUCGCAUGCCACCACCUCCUCACAAAAUGAUGGAUUCCAUGGAGGAGCCAUUGUACGAUGAAGGAAUAGAGAGAGAAUUGGGCUGGCAAUUGCCACAUGGCAGAGGCCGUCCUCUGCCGCCACAUGAGAUAAUGGAUUCAGGAGGAAUGAGGAGGAGGCCUUUGGGUCGAGGAAUGGCUAGAGGCAUGUGGCGGCCAGGUCCAACACAUGCGCAAUAUGAAGAGGGAUGUAAUGAGGCUUAUGUAGAAGAUUAUGGUCAUGGGAAAGAUGGGUAUCGCUGGCGGUCACCACACGACUAUCCUCCUGAUGACUAUCGGCAUGAGGCCAGAUGCUAUGAAUCUGAAUCAGACAGAGAUGCACUUCCUGAGAGGGACUAUCCCCCCAGCAUGCCACCACAGCCCCCCAGACAUAGCCAUUGGCAAGAGGAAAGAGAAAGAGGUCAACCAUAUCCUUAUGAUGAGCAUGGCAGGGGAAAAGGAGAACUUCGAAUAAGAGGUGGUCCCAGUGAUGAAACCCCUCACCGACAGGAUCAGCCACCAUACCCACCACCACCUUCAGAAUGGGAUAGGCCUUCAAGACUGCCUCCACCAUCAGAGAGAGGGUAUCCUGGUAAUUAUGAGGAUCGCAGAGCUCGCUAUGAAGAGCACAGGAAAGAAGUGGACAGACCUCCACCUUUACCUCCUGCUGCACCUGUCACUAACUUGCCAGAGAGAUCAGUUGAUCCAACACCACAAGGAACAAGCGGAGCAAAUGUUCUUGCUCUCUCCCAGCGUCAGCAUGAGAUCAUCUUGAAAGCUGCCCAAGAGCUUAAACUUAUAAGGGAAUUGCAGGAGGGGAAAACACCUGGCACUGAACCUCAGCCUCCACCGACUGACAUCCUGCCUGAUCUUCCUGCUGGUCUUCUUGGUUUGGAGAUCCCACCGGAAGUCAGGAAUGUUCUAAAGGGCAUGACUGCAGCUGCACAGACAACUGAGUCUGUGUCUUUGGAUACCAAGCCUGCUGCCACAGUUUACCAGUCAUCUCUGUCUGCUGUACCCACACCCACAGUGAUUCCAAAGACUGUGGAUUAUGGACAUGGGCAUGAGCCUGGAACCACCGUUGAGCGGAUCUCUUAUGGAGAGAGAAUUGUGUUGAGGCCUGACCCAGUGCCAUCAGACAGGGGCUAUGAAAAAGAACCUCUUGGUCCCAGAGAUCCGUACAGCAGAGACCCAUAUUAUGAAAGACGAUCAGGCCCUUACAUGGACCGCAGGGAGUACAGCCGAGAGAGGGAACUAUACAGAGAGAAGCUUCCACCGGAAUAUGAAAGAGAAAGAUUUGAGAGGGAGCGCUAUCCCCCAAGAGAGAGAGAUGACAGCACACAGUCCAUGGUUGAAGAAAGGCCGCCUUUACGCACAGGAUACAGGGAGAGAGAACGAGAUCUUCGAGAGAAGGAGCGAAGUGGCAGUCGUGAUCGAGAUGAACAUUACGGAAGGCCUGGAUUUGAUAGACCUCCAUACGAGCGCACUGGACUUGACCGCAGUGCACUUGACCGUUACAGCCAUAGCUCCUCACCUUACGCAGACAGAAGAAGUUAUCCAGAGGACCGAGGGCCUCCCACGGCACCACCCCUUCCACCUCCACCUCAGCCGCCGCCACGAGUCGAGAGGAAGCCGGAAAUCAAGAAUAUCGACGAUAUCCUCAAACCGCCUGGCAGAUUAUCUCGGCCUGAAAGGAUUGUCAUCAUUAUGAGAGGGCUUCCGGGAAGCGGCAAAAGCCAUGUUGCAAAGCUCAUACGGGAUAAGGAAGUCGAUUGUGGCGGUGCACCUCCAAGAGUUCUAGUUUUGGACGACUAUUUCAUGACAGAGGUCGAGAAGGUUCAAAAAGACCCAGAUACAGGAAGACGUGUCAAAUCCAAGGUUCUUGAGUACGAGUUUGAGCCAGAGAUGGAGGACACCUACCGGAGCAGCAUGCUUAAAACAUUCAAGAAAACUCUGGAUGACGGCUUUUUUCCCUUCAUCAUUUUAGACACUAUUAAUGACAGGGUUAAGCAUUUUGAUCAGUUCUGGAGCGCGGCCAAAACGAAAGGCUUUGAGGUGUACCUGGCUGAAAUGACUGCAGACACUCAGACUUGUGCAAAGAGAAAUGUCCAUGGGCGCACACUUAAGGAUAUAAUGAAGAUGUCCAACAACUGGGAGCCUUCGCCACGUCAUAUGGUGCGCUUGGAUGUCCGGUCCCUGCUUCAGGAUGCUGCCAUCGAGGAGGUUGAAAUGGAAGACUUCAAUCCUGAUGAUGAGCCCAAGGAACCCAAGGGAGAGGAGGAAGAAGAGGGUGACCUGGGCUACAUUCCAAAAAGCAAGUGGGAGAUGGACACAUCUGAGGCAAAACUCGACAAGUUGGACGGUCUAGGGAGCAGUGGGAAGAGGAAACGUGAAGACAUGGCAGGCCUGGAUCACUACCUUCAGCUGCCAGACGACUAUGCCACACGCAUGUCGGAACCAGGGAAGAAAAGGGUUCGAUGGGCUGAUCUUGAAGAGCAGAAGGAUGCAGAUCGAAAGCGCGCUAUCGGCUUUGUGGUUGGUCAAACGGACUGGGAGAAAAUAACGGAUGAGAGCGGCCAGCUGGCACAAAGAGCUCUCAACCGUACCAAGUAUUUCUAAGAAGAUAAUCUUGUACCCCUUUGUUUCCCCUCAUUGAAAGGUUUCCAGAAUGUGAAAACACUGCAGCUUACAUGAGAUUCAUCGAGGUGACACCACCAGUAGUUAUCAAAUUUUAGUUAUUUAAUUGAAAAGGAUACGGUAUUUGUUUUCUUCUUCUGUUUUAAGCAGGCACUCUGUUAAUGAUGUGCUCCUUCUGAUCAUGUAUCCUGUAUUCAGUCCUGUUUCCUGCUAUUUUAUACUUGAUGCUUUCUGUACUGUAUACCUGUAGCACUGUUUCUUGGAUACUUGAAAAAAGACAAUAAAAGUUUCACACAGUUGCCUACUUAAGGAGUCUUUCUUUAGUCGAUGCUUGCUUCUUGAGGAAACCCAGAGUGUAUUCGCUCAUUAAACAGUUGAAGCAGUGCUAGGAGUGAAUCAGUGUGGCUGAAGAGUGAUUGUUUACAUCUGCCUGACUUAGCUUGUUUAGCCCCCUGACAUUUUUUAGGAUGACAGCUUUCAGGUUUAUCACUGUAUCACUGUAAGUUAGGAGAAUGAAAGUAAGAGAGUAAAUGGUAACAUGAAAUUUAGUCUAAACUGUCCACUCACAUCUGUGUUGGCUCGGAGAGCAAAUUUCAGUGUAAAACUUCACUUAAAUGGUGUUUUUCUCCUUAUCUUAUUUGUCUCUUUCUGUCUUUCUUUCUUUCUUUCUGAUUAAAGUAAUUUUAAACAAUAGAUAAACAAUAAUAGUAGGUUUCCGAGCAUCAGAAGAUGGUGUGUAAUGGAAGUGCAUGAUUGGAGGACUGAAAACACUCACCUCACUAUGUCUAUAACCUGGAAUUUAACAGAACAAUUAGAUCAUUAUAGGAAAUACAGAAACGGUCCAGAUUCUGCAGUCCUGUAGCGCACAGGCUUGUCAAUCUUGCUGUUGUUUUUGCAUAUCUCUACAUUCAAAGUCAAAAUAUAAAAAUGUUGCCUGUGUGAUCACUAAUGCACAUUAUCACAGGCCACAUUUAAGCAUAAUAUUCAUGUCAAUGACAAAGAACAAUGCAAAUGAAAUGCUUUUAUUUUGGUUUCCCGUGUAUAAUAUCCCGUGUAUAGUAGAAUAUAUGUUGUUAAUAUAACAACAUGUCACUUUGAAACCAGCUGAGAACUGGCUGCAAAUCCAGCUGUCAACAAUCUGACAGUAGAGAAUGAUGGUGGGAGUACUUUGAUCAUUUUUAAAUAUAAGGUGGCACAAUACACUUUGCCUGUUUGACCCUUGUGCUUACUUAGAAUUCAAAAGAAAAUAUCAAGUGUAGUUAAGCUAAGUGCGGAUGUCUAUGUGCACACUGCGUAACAGUAUUCAUGUGAACCCCAUUCAGUCUCACUGAGUGUGAUCACCAUGGUUAAGAUAGGGCAAUGUAAGCAGAUGCUGCUUUUUGUUUGUUUGUUGUUUUAAUCAAUUUUACAUUUACAAACUUUGUACUUGUGAAGCAAAAGGUCCAGAAUUUUCAAACAUGAGAAAUUUCACAUCUGGAUGAUCAACUGAAGACAAAGCAAGGAUCAUCAAUUAUGACCGGACACUAAGAACCACUGAUGAAGACCAUGUCUGAUUUGGACGGCCAGCCACAGUUUAUCAUUGUAAAGAGGAUGGAUGGAUCUUAAUGGUAAGGAUGGAAGAGAGGCAGAAACACUAGUUACAUUUUUAAGCAGUGGGUGAGAUGACAGACAUAAUGUACUGAUUCAGUAAUUCUGGAAAUCAUGUAAUAUCCAUUUUAUAUAUCCUGUACAUACAUACAAAGUGGCAAUAAUGAGCUCUGCUGAAUAUUAAAUGUUUCAUCUAAUGUCGUGUGGACUUCAUUUGUGUUUAUUAAAGAAAAAUGCUUCUCAAAAAACAGAUAAUGUGUUCUGUGUUGCACUUUGUGACUUGAAGACAUUUCACCAAUAAAACUUUUACAAGCAUACAAAAUAUGUAUUAUUGCUAUAAAAUAUAGCAAAAUACAUAUUAUGUCAAACUGCCUUAUGUGUAGAG